GGCUCUACUUGCUCUUUUCUUUUCGACUCUCUUAAUACCCUUAUUAUCAUGACUGAACCUCAAGUGACCGUAGUAGACGAAUGGAUUAAAACGUCCGACGGUACAGAUAUAUUCACAAAGACAUGGAAACCCACCACCACUCCUGUCGCCCAGCUUCUUUUGAUUCACGGUUUUGGCGAGCAUGUCAACCGUUAUGACGACAUGUGUAAAGUGUUGGCUUCACACGGCAUUCAAUGUUAUGGCUACGAUCAGCGUGGUUGGGGUGAAACUGGCAAACGAGCCAAAGUCUAUGGCGACAAUCAAGGAUAUGAUACGGCCCUCAAAGACGUCAAUGAAGCAGUCCACAAACUGCGACAGAAAGAAGGUCCAGUUUUCAUUCUGGGUCACAGCAUGGGCGGAGGUAUCCUUCUCAAUUACCUUAGUCGGAAAGAUCAGUACGAUGGUGUUCAGUAUGUUAAAGGAGCCAUUGCUUCGGCACCGUUGGUCACUUUAACCCAUCCACUCCCGGCUAUCAAGUACUAUCCUCUAUUGUUCAUCUCUAAUUUUCUUCCAAACUUUGUCAUUUCCGCUGGCUUGGAUCCUAAAGGGAUCAGUCACGACGAGCAACAAGUGGAAGCUUUCAAGAAUGAUCCCUUGGUCCAUGAUUAUGCCACUUUGGCCACCAUUAGAGGAUUUUUGAAUGCGGGUCAAGAUCUUUUUGAUCGUGCGAAAUCUAUCACGACGCCGGUGUUAUUUUCACAUGGCGAUGCGGACCCCAUUAACAAGUACGAGAGCACCAAGCAAGUGUAUCAGACUUGUGCCAGUCAAGACAAGAUAUUAAAAACAUGGCCAGGUUUAUAUCAUGAACCUCACAAGGAAAAGUUGCCUGAACGCGAUCAGGUCAUUCGUUACUAUCAGGACUGGAUUCUCUCUCAUUUGUAAUAAACUUGAAAGUGAACGAGAUCAAGAGAAAUAUUUUCCAG